GUGACGCAGACUUACCCAUAGGAGUUUUUGAUGAAUUAGGUUCUUUCAGAGGAUGCAUUCAGAGUGUGCGCACCUACGUGAGACCAGCAGUGUCCGCAACCUGCCACCUUUUUUACAAGUGGGAAGCUGCUCCUUCGUCUGAAAAACGCCCGCGAGGAGGGUUUCUAAAACGCCUCAUUUAAAAAAUGACUGGAAUAUCUGCUGGAAUACAAACUACGAGGAGCUUUUCCCUCGCUGUGUCCUCUGAGCAGCUGUGACCACCGUGUCCACACACCGACACGCACCGUCCUCCAUACUCAGACACAUCUCUACUUGUUGUCCCCCCUGCGAGAAACAUGUCACCCAAAUGUCUGGCGUACGUCUUACUUCUGUCUGUCCUUCAUACCUGCUCUUUAACAAUCGAGUACGAAGAGGAGGACUACGAAGAUGUCACUGUGAGCCAAAUGCUGGCUCCUAAAUCACAGGAAACCGACGCCACGGAAAUACUCAACAAUUUACUGAAAGAAUAUGAUAAGAAGCUGCGACCAGAUAUCGGAGUUAAACCAACUGUUAUAGAUGUCGAUAUAUUUGUGAACAGCAUUGGACCAGUGUCUUCAAUAAAUAUGGAAUACCAAAUAGACAUCAUCUUUGCCCAGACGUGGACAGACAGUCGUCUCAGAUACAACAGCACAAUGAAAAAAUUGACUUUGAACAGCAAUAUGGUUGGACUUAUUUGGCUACCAGAUACCAUCUUCAGAAACUCCAAGAGUGCAGAUUCCCACUGGAUUACAGUGCCUAACCAGCUGCUCAGAAUAUGGAACGAUGGGAAGAUACUUUACACCUUAAGACUGACAAUAAAUGCAGAAUGCCAGCUGCAGCUGCACAACUUUCCAAUGGACGAACACUCCUGUCCGCUCGUCUUCUCCAGCUAUGGAUACCCACGAGAUGAGAUGAUUUACAGGUGGAGGAAGAACUCUGUGGAGACGGCUGACCAAAAGUCCUGGCGUCUCUACCAGUUUGAUUUCAUGGGCCUGAGAAACACUACAGACAUAAUAAAGACUACAGCAGGUGACUAUGUGUUGAUGACAGUGUACUUUGACCUGAGUAGAAGAAUGGGCUACUUCACCAUCCAGACUUACAUCCCCUGCAUUCUCACCGUGGUCCUCUCCUGGGUGUCCUUCUGGAUCAAAAAAGACGCCACGCCAGCCAGAACGGCUUUAGGUAUAACCACAGUGCUGACUAUGACUACCCUUAGUAGUGUGGCGAGGACAUCACUACCCAGAGUGUCUUAUGUCACUGCCAUGGAUCUUUUCGUCACUGUCUGCUUCCUGUUUGUCUUUGCUGCUUUGAUGGAGUAUGCAACAUUAAAUUACUAUUCAUACAGUGCUCGAAGACCCAGCUGUAUGGAACCUAAAAGAUUGAACUAUUCUGUCCUGGAUGUGAGACCUCCACACACCGUCAUCACUUUAAACAACUCCAUGUACUGGCAGGACUUUGAGGACACUUGUGUCUACGAGUGUCUAGACGGAAAAGAUUGCCAGAGCUUCUUCUGCUGCUUCGAGGAGUGUAAAGGAGGUGGGUGGAGAAAAGGACGCGUCCACAUAGAUUUACUUGACCUGGACGCAUACUCGCGCGUCUUUUUUCCCACCUCCUUCUUGCUGUUUAACAUUGUUUACUGGGUAGGCUAUCUCUACCUUUAGCACACUGGUGACAAUAAAUGGACAGCACAGUUUAACAGAAUCCAAGAUUAAUAAAAAGGUAACGCCAAAUAAACAAUUUCCUGUGCUAUCUGGAGUGGUUACCUGGAGACAAAAAGACAGCGUGCAUCUGCAGGCCUGUGCCAAGCAGAGAUUUCUGCCUCUAUGACUUCAGAUAUGAUAAUACGACAUAUUACUGAUUCCCUUCAAUAUGCUGUACACAGAGGGAGGACAGGAUGGACUGUGUGCUAAUGACCAUCUAAAGGCAAAGAAGGAAAUGUGCUUUGCACUGCUACCCCAAACUUCUCAAUCAGGAGGAUGACUUGUGUUGUAGGGAAUGUACCGGCACGUUAUUAUCCAGCCAUCAGUUAAAUCCAGUUGAUGAAAAUCCAAGGACAUUCAAACCAUUCAUAGUGCCUUCCUCUGGAGGGGUAGAUAAUAUCUGCUACAAUAAUCAGGGAAUAAUGAUUUAUAAAAACUUAAUAGAAGAGCCUGGCUUUGACUGAUUAUGGCUGUUCUUAUUCAGAGCUUUGAGUUACAUUUAUAAAACAGCCAUUUGUUGUAACAACCAUAUGAAAACUUAUUAGGUUUUUAUCUCUUCAUACUGACUUUCAGCCAUUAGGCAUGACUCAUUCCUCCUGCUAGUAGCCCUAUACAGUAUAAUCAAUAAACUGGUUCCCAGGGAAGAGAGUGGUUUGAAUAAACCUUACAGCAGAAAGAAUACUGAUACAGUAUGUGCUUUAUUGGCAUAAUUGUUUAGGUUAGUGGAUGUGAAGUCAAAGAUUUAAAUGGUUAUUUUAGACAGUGUGCGUACAGGCACAAAUCUCUCAUCACUGUACACACAGACUAACGCUGUGGCUACAAAAGGAAAUCCAGCACAGAGCACCAACACUUUCAGUGACACGUGUUUAAAAAUACCUUUGGUUUAAGAGAAUAGUUUUGGAUAUUUUAGGAAUUGGCUUUCUUGCCAAGAGUUGGAUGAGAAAAUUUAUAUCACUCUCACGUCUGUAGCCUUCGGUAUGCUAAAUAGGAGCUACAGUCAGCAGCCGGUUAGCAUAGCCCCGGUUUUCAGUCUUUAUGCUAGUUAACAGGUAGCCUGGCCAUGUCUGAAGGUAAUAUAAUUUGCCUACCACCUCUUUGGGUUUUGUACAUAUUAAACAAACAUAUAAUGUGUUAUUUACAUUACAUUUAUUUACUGCGAGUAAGUUUUUACCUAUGGACGGAGCCAGGCUAGCCAUUAGCCCCUGUUUCCAGUCUUUAUGCUAAUCUGGCUGCUGGCUGUAGCUUCGUAUUCAUCGUACAGACAUGUAAAAGUGUUAUCAAUCCUCUUAUCUAACUGUCAGCAAAAUAUAUAUAGACAGUAAACAUUAAAAAGCAGUUUCUCAUGUAUACCAACUGCAUUGUCACAGAUUGGGGCCCUCAGAGAUGAAACACCCAGGGAAGAAAGGCAGCCAUGUGUAUAAUUCAAGUGUUACUUUUCUGGAUGUUACACAUAAUCUUACCAUGUAUUGGUGUUGCACAGCAGCCACUUCUUGCCAGAGCUCUUAACACACUAUAGAUGAAGUGAAUAAGCAAAUAAUUUCUUCUUUUAGUCGUUAAACUAACAACGACCCUUCAGUUCUUUUCCUAACCGGAUGCCCAAAUUAAAUUUAAUGGGUGUCAUUUGUACAUUACUGUAGGCAUAAAUAUGAUAAUCCCACUCAUCAGGAUCACUCAUCUCUGUUUGGCCGUUGACUCUUAUUUGCAAUAGACAAUUAAAUAUCACCCUGAAGAAGUUAUAAUACGUUCUGGGAUAGAAUUAUAGUUUUAAUAAGGACUGUUUGUAUUAUAAUUUGAUUCUGUGUUUGUAUUUGGCAUUAGCAACCGUUGAAUUGCCUUAGUGUAGCCUGCCCAGAGCUGAGAUGAACAGAAAUAUAUUUACCUCUGAUAAUAACCUCAGCAUGAGGAAGACCGAACUUCAGCGAUGGUUACGUCUUUGCCUUGGGCAGUAUACUUAAGUGGAACUUUUUAUAUCCCUCGGUUUUCUUUUUAUUAUAUAGGCUACAUAUAUGUGCCAAAUAUUUCACGUGUCCUGUCAUUUAUGUUUUCAGGCACGUAUGAACAACACUAAUAUCUUUCAUUACUGCACAAACAGUACAGUGGUGAAAUUCUUAAGACGUAAAAGAAAUAUAGUAUAUAUAUAAAGUUGGCUUUUUAAUUGUGGGGUAUUUACCGAUUGCCAGGGUUGAUGCUGUGUUCACACUGUGGCAGUAUGCAGUCGAUGUGAAACUGAACAGUCAUUAUUGCCAACAGGAGAAGAACAAUUAACUCUGCCAGCACUGGUGUAAAGUGCCGCCUACUGUGCCUGCAGACAAACUGAUGCUGAAUGAAAAUGGAUGCAGCCACAUGUCAGUGCACCUGUUUAUUGCGUCUCCUCAACAAACACAAAGUACUGACAGCAGUGCUUCUGACUGUCUUUUACAUCUGCAGAGAUUAAUAGAUUAGUUGUCACAUAUUAAAUUAUUCGCCAACUAUUUUGAUAAUCGUUUUGAGUAGUUUAUUAAAAUUCUCUGAUUCCAGCUUCUUA